AUAGAAAACCUAACAGUCAUUCCCUCUCACAUUCUGUCUCACGCGCGCCACCUUCUUUCUCUUCUUUCACGACGUGUCGUCAGCUUUUCGGUGUUGCCGCCGUCUCUCUUCCGUUCAGUGCUGCUCCGCUGUCGUCUUUUGCCGCCGCUGCAGACUCUCCCCUUGCGGGUUGCAUUUAGAACUUGUAGGGUUCACUUGGGUAUUCGUAAGGUUCGAUUCUGUUGCCUCAAACUUACCAUGAUGGAUUCGACGUCUAGGAUAUGUGUGAAGAAUUUGCCUAAGUACGUUGAUGACAAUCGCCUUCGUACAUUGUUCUCUGAAAAAGGAGAGAUUACAGAUGUUAAGCUUAUGCGGACCAAGGAUGGGAAAAGCCGACAAUUUGCUUUCAUUGGUUUUCGCACGGAACAUGAAGCUCAAGAAGCAAUACGAUACUUCAACAAAUCUUUUAUCAAUACUCAUAGGAUUGCUUGUGAGAGUGCAUGGAAAGUUGGGGAUUCAAAAAUUCCCCGACCUUGGAGUAAACAUUCUAAAGCAAAAAAAGGCUCUAAAGAUGGGAUGGAAGUAGAAGAUGACAAAAGUUCAAACUUUUUGGAAUCUAAAGAAGAGGGUGAUGACCUUAAAUUGAGUAUUCAAGAUGACGAUCCUAAAAUUCAAGAGUUUCUUCAAGUGACACAACCUCGGAUUAAAUCUAAAUUGUGGGCAAAUGACGUAUUGAUGGCUUCGGAAGCUGAUCAAAACAGAAAGGGGAAGGAGAAACCCAGUCAAUUGAAAAAGGUAGACAGAAAAAGGUCGGAGUUGGUGAAUGCUGAUGAGGAUGAAGAUGAAACUCAGGAAAUGCAAACUUCAUCGCAUAAAAACAGGGUGAUGAAAAAUUGGUCAGAUUCAGAGUCCAGUGACAACGACAAUAUCGAUGAGGAUGCUAAAAAUGAGGGCGAAUCUAUAAAGAAAAAAAUGGAGAAAAAGAAUGUUCAGAUGGUAAAUUCCAAGUCACCACUAGAAACAAAGGCCAAAGAAGAGGACCAUUCCGAUCAUUGUGAUGAUGCCGCAGAUGUACUUCACAUGGAAAAACCCUCACCAACUCUGGAAGACAAGAAAGAUGAAAUGCUGGAGAGUGGUCGACUCUUUGUUCGUAAUCUUCCAUAUGCAGCAACUGAAGAAGAGUUAGAAGAGCACUUCCAAAAAUAUGGCACAGUCUCAGAGGUGCACCUUGUAGUUGAUAAAGAUACAAGACGAUCUAAAGGAAUUGCUUAUAUACAUUACACUCUUCCAGAAUCUGCAAAAAGGGCACUCGAAGAAUUGGACAACUCAAUAUUCCAAGGGAGAUUAUUGCAUGUCAUGCCUGCUCAACCAAGAAAUACACUCGAGAAACCGGAGGAAAAUAUUUUAGAGGGCCAAAGAUCAAAAUCCUUCCAGAAAAAGAGAGAGGAAGAGAGAAAAGCAUCUGAAGCUAGUGGCAAUACAAGAGCAUGGAAUAGUUUGUUCAUGCGCCCUGAUACUGUUGUUGAAAAUAUUGCUAGAAAAUAUGGUGUUAGUAAGGGGGAGUUACUGGACAAGGAGGCUGAUGACCUUGCUGUACGAGUUGCUUUGGGUGAAACUCAAGUUGUUGCAGAGACAAAGAAGGCUCUCACAAAUGCUGGAGUUAAUGUUGCUUCUUUAGAGGAAUUUGCCUCUGGAAAAGCUGAUGAACACAAAAGAAGCAAUCAUAUUCUUCUUGUGAAAAACUUGCCUUAUGGUUCUUCUGAAGGAGAACUUGCAAAUAUGUUUGGAAAAUUUGGGAGUUUGGAUAAAAUCAUUCUUCCACCAACAAAGAUAUUGGCUUUGGUUAUUUUUCUUGAGCCAUCUGUGGCCCGUGCUGCGUUUAAAGGCUUAGCAUACAAGCGUUACAAGGAUGCUCCACUUUAUUUGGAAUGGGCUCCUGACAAUAUUCUAAGUAAAAAGCCAAUUACUGGCAAUGUGGAGGACGAGACAGUUGGUGAAGGUGAUACUAGGAGGGUGAUGUUGGAGCAGGCAAUGGAAGGAAUAUCAGAUGUUGAUUUGGACCCUGAUAGGGUUGAGUCACGAUCUCUUUUCGUCAAGAACCUCAAUUUUAAAACGACUGAUGAAAGUUUGAGGAACCAUUUUAGUGCACACAUGAAAGAGGGAAGAAUAUUGAGCGCCAAGGUUAAGAAGCAUGUAAAAAAGGGACAACAUGUCUCGAUGGGUUUUGGAUUUUUGGAAUUUGAUUCAGUGGAAACUUCCACUAGUGUCUGCAGUAAUUUGCAGGGAACUGUUUUGGAUGGUCAUGCCCUCAUCUUGCAAAUGUGUAAUGUUAAGAAUGAUGAUCAAGGGAAGAGAAAAGUAGACAAGGAACAGAGUUCGACAAAGUUACUUGUUAGAAAUGUGGCAUUUGAGGCAACAGGGAAAGAUCUAAGACAACUCUUCAGUCCGUAUGGACAGAUUAAGAGCUUAAGACUGCCAAUGAAGUUUGGAAAACAUAGAGGUUUUGCAUUUGUGGAGUUUGUCACAAAGCAGGAGGCACAAAAUGCAUUUCAAGCACUUUCAAACACCCAUCUGUACGGUCGGCAUCUUGUCUUAGAGAGAGCAAAGGAAGGUGAGAGCUUGGAAGAAUUAAGAGCUCGAACAGCUGCACAGUUUAGCAACGAUCAAGAUCCAAUUGUGUCCAAGAAGAGGAAGCAGAUGGCUGACUUUGAUGAAGAUAGGAUGAAGUUUCCAAGAACUGAUUAAUCAUAUUUAAGGUUUGAUGGUAGUUUAGAAAAAAUAUAUGAUCAAUUUUGUUUUAUAUUUUGCUAAUUUGUUGUACCAUAUCAAUUUUCUUGCCCCCUUUUUGUUCCAUGGGAGCUGCUUUGUUCCUCUUUUGUACUUGGCUAAAGUAUAGUUGAUGUUUAUUUUCGUUUAGAUAUUCAAUUUAGAUAUACGUAUAGUUCAAGUCA